GAUUUCAAGCGUUCUUUACCAGCUGGACUUGGUCUCUCAGAAACCCAAAUUACUUCUCAUGGCUUUGACGGUACCAAAGAGGGGGUUAUUGAUGCAGGAACGUUUCAAGGCACAAUUAAUAAGCAGUCGUAACCAGAACAAUAGAGCUCUGUUCCUGGGAUCAUCGAGAAAUGGAACUGCAGUAGUCAUCUUUUAUUUAACGCUUCCUUGUAUAAUAGAAACCCUUGUGCCUUGGACAAUAGAGAUGAAGUCUUUGUUUAAAAUGGUGAUUGGACUGGAUAACCGGUUAAUAAAUACCUUCCAACUCAACAAAUAGCUUAUGGAUUGGUGUGUUCUGUAUUGAGUUUAAUAGUGGAGAUAUUAGGGUGUGGAUUCAGAAUAUCUGAGUCUCUAAUGAGAAGCUCUUUUAACCUUUCUGGACAUCAUUUCCCUUGUAGUUUAAUUUCAGACUAGUUGAUUUCCAUGGUCUCUUCUAGUUUCAAAUUUUAUGGUUCAAGAUUUUUUUAAAAGACAGGUAUCUCUGACUUGGAAAGAUAGCACCAGUCUGUUUAGAUCUAUUGCAUGUUUGGAUUUUAAUUAGAUCCAGUCCAAAUUAAAGUUUUUGGUGACGGUUUCUGAUUAGAACUUAGUAUAUAUGGAAUAUGAGAAAGUUGACAUUGAUCCUGUCUUACUAGAAAAUUUUAGUUAUAAAUUUGAUAUAUGUUUUCUAGAGAACUGGGAAAGAGUGUAGUUGAAAUAAAAUUAACAUGCAAACAUUAAAGUAUACUCACAUGUGAAAGGAUGUUGAUUUUUUCAACUUUUUUUUUAAUUAUCCCUCCCUAAAGAUAGCUAGCCUUUAGAAUUUAAAAUAAAGAAAUUAAUUAAAUCUGUACAGUUUUCUUUUGUUUAAUGCUGGACAUUAGCAGCAGUGUUGGGAACUCAGUUUUUCUUACUCUGUAGGUAGCAAAGACUCAGAGAUGUUAAGUAGUUUGCCAGGGUGUUCCUGAUGCUCUGUGGUAAGUAGAGCCAGAAUUUCAAACCCCGGUUAAGAGUUUAAAAUUCAGUUGUGUUUCAUUUAAAAAUUGUGUUCUUUCCAUUGGUUUUCAGACUUGGUCGUGUUUGAGAAUAAUCUAAGUGGUUUUUAAAAAACAGUUGCCUAAAGAACAGCAUGGUGACUAAAGUUAAUAAUACUGUGUACUUGAAAUGGUCUAAGAAAAUAGAUCUCAAGUUUUCUCAACACACACACACGCACACACAGACGUGAGGUGAAGAAUGUAAUCAUUUCACAAUGUACACAUAUAUCAGAACAUCACUUUGUAUACCUUAAAUAUAUAUAAUUUUGUCUAAUAAAUAAAUAAAACCCAAAAAUCAAUCCAAUAAAAAAACUAAGACUGUUCCCCCCCCCCAACCCCCCGCAAAAGCCCUUCAGACACCUCUUUCACUGAUGAUCAGUAGGUAUUGUGGAGUGCCCUGAGUUAUUUUAAAAGCUUCAGAAGUGAUUCUUAGGAUUAAUUAGAAUAACACUCUGUAUUAGCACUUGUCAGGCUUCAAAAUACAUACAGAUCACCUGAGAAUCUUGUGAAAAUGCAGCUUCUGGUUCAGAAGGUCUGGGGAAGGGCCUGAGUUUUGCAUUUUGAAUAAGCUCCCAGAUGACAGAAUUGAUGGAGAUCCUUGCCUUCAUACUAUACGUAGCAGUAUCUACACUCUGUGAUAGUUGAUUUAUGAUUUGAAAAUUUUAGCCACUAUUUAUGUGAAGGCUACAAUUCAUUCACAUUUCUCUGAAUUUUAAUUAUAAGUGUGAUAUACAUGCCUUUGGAUUUCUACUUGCAGUUCUCCUCCCUAUGUUAGAGUAGUAAGUUAUAAAAUAUUUACUUAAGCUUUAAAUCAUUCAGCUCUGGGACUUUAAUCACAUUCUCUUAAUUGAUUUGGAAAUAGCAGAGUCCAGGUAAAGUCCUGUUUAGACGUGAUCUUCCCAAGUUUCUUCUUAGAUUAUGUGUUUUGUUUGGCUUUAGUAGUUCAAUGAAAAGUUUAUACAAGAACUCAGCCUGGUAGCAUCCAUUUCUUAUUAAUCCAUUCCUUCAAGAAGGCAAGUAUCUUCGUUCCGGCUUUUAAUCCUAGCUUUCAAGUACUUUAAAGGAAAUGCCAGUACACCUGUAUUCAAAAUGUACAGUAUGUAGAGGAAGAAAAGGAUUUUCACAGUGAAAUGUCUGCCCUUUCCAGGUUCCCCAGCACCACCACUGCCAUCUGUUAUGUCUCCUAGCAGGGUGGCAGCUAGUCGACUGGCUGAGCAAGGAGGUGAUUUAAUUGCUCCUGCAGGUAUUACUGUCCUGGUUGGAUAAAUCCCUUCUUGCUACUGCUGAAGCUAAACCCACUCAGUUUCGUACCACUUGCCUUAUAUUCUUACAUGUGCGUUACUCUGGCUUUUCUGAUGGCUGACUCUUAUUUUUUUAACAGUAAAAGAAAUAAUCUUUCUAGCCAUAGCCUAUCUUUCUGUCUUUUCAAAGUUGUAGGCUCUAUCUCAAAUGUGAAAUUGUGUUCACUUUAAAAUUUAAAAACACUGUAAAAUGGGAUUCAUUUUAAAUCAUCCUUUCUUUGCCCUAGAAGAUGUCGUUUUACUUAUUUGAUCCUGUACUCUUGGCUUUGCAGUUUGCCCUGUUUUCAGUUAAACCAAAAAGGAGCCUUCAACAGUUGGCUUCUUCAUUAUUUGGAAUGGAUCACAUGGAAAAGUUGUAUCUUCUUAUUUUGAAUUUAGACUUACAAAUAGUUGUCAGGUUGCAACGAAAUACUGUGUAAUUUACCAUUUGUGCCCAGACAACUCUAUUUCUUUGCAUUAGAUUUGCUCUGCACUUUAAUAUUGCUGGACUGUAAAACUGCGUAAAAAAUAAACUCUUUGUUUCUUAUUAUAUGAAAUGUUAGUAUUUUAUAGUUUGUUUCUAUAAGAACUUUGUAAAUUCUUAAACAUGUUUGAUUUUGUAUACUGUUCUCAUUCUUAGGUUGUGGUAAAGGCUGGCCUGGCUGUAGGAGUGAGAAAAGAAAUUUUUGCUGACUCUAACUUUUAAAACCAUUUUAUAAAACGUUUUCUCUUGUCUUUAUAUUAUUUUUCUUUUAAAAUUAUUAUACAUUUUCUGUCCCAAGUCAUUAGCAUUGUGAAUGUUUAUUAAAUAUUUUAUUCUAUGAAAAAUAUUUUACUGCUAGCAACUAUAUAGUUGUGAAGUUGCUUUUAUGUCAUAGUUUCUUAAUUGUUGAAGCAAUACAUUAUCGAGGCUUUGUACUGCCUUUAUUAAUUCUGGCUUUUUUGGGAGUGGGGGCAUAUUGAGGAAAAAAGAUGAGGCACAAUGUCGGUCUUGUUAUCCGUGACACUGUGUUGCUGCUCUGUUCUGUGUCCCACAGUGAAAGGAGAGCACUGUGAAGAGGGCUAGCCUUUCAGAUUUUUACUGACAGGUUUUUUUAGGAUCAUUAGGUUAUAAGAUUAAUUGUGGACAUUUUAUUUUUCUUGAAAUAAACAGCAGUUUUUUUUAAAAAAAGAAAAGCAUUUUUUUUUUUAAGAAGAUGGACAAACCACAGAGCAUAUAUGUUUAAUGGAAAGAAAUGCUUUUUUUUGAAGUGUGUGGAAAUUAUCCUCAAAAUGAUUCCCAAAAGUUCUAGCCCAUCACUUUAUGGGAACCUUUUUAUUUCUUUAAAUGCUUAAGAAGUUUAAUUAGAACAGUGUCCCUAUUUUGUUUUCUUUCUCUACUUGCCUUUAUCUGGUUUAUUUUUUAUCUGAUUAUGAUCAUGCAGGUGGCCAGAGAACACAGACAAAAAGUGGGCCAGUUAUUCUAGCAGAUGAAGCUAAAAAUCCUGCGAUGGAAAAGUUAGAACUCGUUAGAAAAUGGAGUCUAAACACCUACAAGUGCACUCGACAGAUUAUCUCUGAGAAGCUGGGCCGUGGAUCAAGAACUGUGGACCUUGAGCUUGAAGCUCAGAUUGAUAUAUUAAGAGAUAACAAGAAAAAAUAUGAAAAUAUUCUAAAACUGGCUCAGACAUUGUCAACCCAGCUUUUCCAGAUGGUGCAUACCCAAAGGCAACUUGGAGAUGCAUUUGCUGAUCUGAGUUUGAAGUCACUAGAACUCCAUGAAGAAUUUGGCUAUAAUGCAGACACUCAGAAGCUUCUGGCUAAAAAUGGAGAGACUCUUCUAGGAGCCAUUAAUUUUUUCAUUGCCAGUGUGAACACUUUGGUGAAUAAAACAAUUGAAGAUACAUUAAUGACUGUGAAACAGUAUGAAAGUGCCAGAAUUGAAUACGAUGCAUAUCGCACUGACUUGGAAGAACUGAAUCUUGGACCACGUGAUGCAAACACUCUGCCAAAGAUUGAGCAAUCACAGCAUCUGUUCCAAGCACAUAAGGAAAAAUAUGAUAAAAUGCGCAAUGAUGUUUCUAUCAAGUUGAAAUUUCUUGAAGAAAAUAAGGUUAAAGUCUUGCACAAUCAGCUGGUCCUUUUCCACAAUGCCAUUGCCGCUUACUUUGCUGGGAAUCAGAAGCAGCUUGAACAGACACUUAAACAGUUCCAUAUCAAAUUGAAAACCCCUGGAGUGGACGCCCCAUCUUGGCUUGAAGAACAGUAAAAAUCACACCUGGAAAAGAAAGAAAAGGAAGUCAUAUUGUUAUAUUUCUAAACAAACCUAAUAAGAAUUAAAUGGAAAUGGGAGAAGAGGGAAAGGGUGACAGCCAUUAUAGUGAUUCUUGCACAAACAGCUUUAAUUUUUCCCUAUUUCAUACUUUAACAAUUGAACUGUUAAAUUUGAUGGGAAGGUGGGUGUUUUAAUCUAAACAUAAUUUCUAUAAUCUGAACACAAUAAUUCUCCAUUUUGAGAAAUCCUUUUGUAUUGUGAAGGUUGAUGGCUAUUUCUCUAGUUUGAAAACACCUAAUAUAGAUUUGCACUGACAAGAUAAAAAUUCGAGGUUUUUGGUCCCACAGGUGAGGACCAGUCGUAACUUUUCAAGGGAGGUUUACAUGAUUUGUAUCAACAUCAGAUAUUUUAUAUAUGAACAUAUUAAACAUCUUUAAGAGAGUCAUUUUCAUCUAUUGUCUUAAGGAAAAAAGAAACUAUUUUGCAGAGUAAAAUUAUAUGGUGUUCCUGCAGCAUCCACAUAAAGGAGGCAGCUCUGACGAAUGACUGAUGGGCUGGUGGAGUUGUGGCAAAUACCUUUUUAAAAAUGAAUCUGUACCAUUGUAGUUUUGUUUAGGCUUUUUCUUAAAGACAGAAAUCACACUGUCAUUUCUGUGAGGCUUUUGAGCUUACGAAUUUGUGUCACCCAAAGUCAUGAAACGGUUCUGUUAGCAAUUUCUUUUGAUUCGUAAUGAAACCUGCUUAAAAGAAUUCUUUUGACAGGUGGACUUGGAAAUAGAAAUUCUUGAUGGUUCCUAGAGUAGAAACCUAUGCUUUGAAAGCUAGUUUGGGGUAAAUUCCAUUUUGACAGACGUGAAUUCCUAGACGCCUUUCAUUGACUUCCAUGUGUAACAAUACCGGUUAAGCCUUAAAUCACAAAUAUGUGCCUUCUCAGAUAAAGUAAUUCUCAUUCAACCAAUGUACAUAAAUCCAUAAAGAAGCCCCUUUCAGAUAAUGUUUGACGUGUCUGUUCCUUCCUGGGAAAGGAGCACUGUGUAUAAAUGUUGAGUUUCUAUGUACUCGUUAAGCCACAUUUAAGGUUUAUGAAGAAAUCAGCUUUUGAAUUCGCUCUUCGGUUUUUCUUCAUUCCUUUCGUGGAAUGGGAAGACGAGGACUUUUCACUUGUGUAAAGAAAGGGUGAUGUGUGUCCAUGUGGGGGUAGCAAGAAGAAAGGGGCUGGAGAGGCCAGUACUGCUUCAUUUGCUCAGCACUGUGGGUUUUGUGUUGUGUGGUUGGCCUGUCUGCUGUGUGGUUUUUAUCAGUAAUGGAAUCCUUUUUCAAUAUAAGUUCUCUUGAUUUUUGUCAUAGACAUGAAUUAUUAUUUUGAGAAGUAUCUCUGUACCUGUUCAUUUCUUUUGUGUUGAAAUGAAGUACUUAAAAUUACUGUUAUACAUGACCUUCGUGGACUGUAAGAUUUGUUAUAUAUGUUCAGAUGCCAUUUAGCUGGCUUUUUAAUUAAUAUGCCUGUGUCCAGUGCUUAACACAGUGUCAUGUGACUGUAAAUCACAAACCUAUUUUAAAUCAUUCCCUCCUGUAUAUUUGUACUCUGAGAGCCUUAUUUUAUUCUUCCAGCAGAAUUACUACUUGUGAUAGUUCAUUUACAUUCCCCAGAAUGUGCCUCUGGUGUGAAUUUUGUAUUCUUAUUAAAAGUGUUUGCUGCAGCACUCA